CUAAGGAUCAGCUGAAUGUUAUACAAGCUGCGAUGAACGAAUAUCAUAAUAAAACGUGCAUACGAUUUAAAGAGAGGACAAACGAAAAAGAUUAUGUAAACAUUGUAAACAAUCGUACUGGAUGCUCUAGUCCUAUUGGCAGACAAGGCGGUGAACAAUUAGUGAACUUCCAGACUCCUAAUUGUCUAAAUGUAAAUAGGACGGGUAUUGCGACACAUGAGUUUAUGCACACCCUCGGCUUUUGGCACGAGCACUCCAGAGAAGACCGAGAUGGUUACGUGGAUAUCAAUACCAAUAAUAUUCAAAAAG